UUUAUAAGAACUGACUGAGGAUCAAUAAUUCCCGCUCUAUAGGCCCCAUCCCACGUAUAAAAUGCCGUUGCUCAUCACGGAGGCGUCCAGGAUUUUCCACUUCAUUCUCUUGCUUAGAUUACAUCCCUGAGACUGCGAACAUAAAAGCCAGCGCUCCCCGAGUCCAUGAGAUUGAUCCUUUCUCUUUCAGUUUGCAUUCUAGCAAUCGUCUUUUCCUGGUAUCACAGCACCAUCAGAAUCAAGAAUCUAGUUUCUGAUUACAUCCCGCAAGUGUCGAACUCGGAGCCUUCUAUCGAAGAAUUCAACGAUAUCACCAUCAAUCUUAAAUCACCUUUGUCAGAUAUGGCUGUCCCCCGCGCAAUCCGCACCGUCUUCCUUGCCAUUGAGCAGUCCGAAGGAGCAGGCGCCCGUGUUCGUCGUUCCAUCGGUACUCCUAAACUGCGCAACUUCACACCUUUCCUCAUGCUGGACCACUUCACCAUCGGCCCUGGCUCGGGAUUCCCAGACCACCCGCACCGCGGCCAGGAGACCAUCACCUACCUCUUGUCUGGAGGUGUGGAUCAUGAAGACUUCGCCGGAAACAAGGGCACUAUCGGACCGGGUGAUUUGCAAUUCAUGACCGCCGGCAAGGGCAUCAUGCACGCGGAAAUGCCGCACGAGAACCCCGACGGUUCCCCCAACGUCGGUUUGCAGUUGUGGGUUGAUCUGCCCGAGAAGCUGAAGACGUGCGAGCCGCGGUAUCGCGAUCUGCGAGCCUCCGAGAUCCCCACCGUCAAGGUAGAUGAUGACCGGGUCACAGUGAAGGUCAUUUCGGGUCAAUCUCAUGGUGUCGACUCUGUGCGCGAUCUUGCAUACACGCCCGUUUGGCUUUUGGACGUCACAAUUCGGCCUGGUGGGAGGAUCUCCCAGCCGCUUCCGCAGGGAUGGAAUGCUUUCGCAUAUACGCUUUCAGGGACGACGGUGUUCGGGUCCAACGACUCGACCCGUCCCGUCAAGCAGUUCCAUAACGUCGUUUUCGAGCAGAAUGGUGAUUUCGUCGAGGCUUCUGUGCCGGAUAAUGCGGAGUCCGAGGGACGUUUUGUUAUCAUCGCGGGCAUGCCGCUCGACCAGCCCGUUGUCCAAUAUGGGCCGUUUGUCGUGACAUCCACAGAGGACAUUUACCAGGCUAUGCUUGACUACCAGACUGCGUCGAAUGGAUUUGAGAAAGCCAGAGGUUGGGUCAGUGAAAUAGGGAAGAGAAUGGCUUGGUAGAUGACGGAAAGAUGUGGUAUUGCUUGCUUUUGUUCGCAUUAUGAGCGUGAUCUGGUUUGGUUUAUGUGAUUUUUUCAUUGUAUACCUCUAGUAUGUCUACGAUGAUCUUAUGUUGAUGACACUCUGUUUGAUAGACGCAGUAUCCUUACGGAAU